AUGCUGUCUGCUUUAUCGGGCGCACGAUACUUUUCCAGUCUUGACGCAGCGUCGGGUUAUUGGCAAGUCCCUGUGGAAGCGUCGGCCAUACCUAAGACGGCUUUCAUCUGCACCGAAGGCUUGUUUGAGUUUCUCGCUAUGCUUUUUGGGCUGUACAACGCGGCUGCUACCUACCAGCGAAUGAUGCGGCGGAUCCUUGGCGACUUGCUGUGGAAGUGUUGUCUCGUGUACAUCUUAGUGUUCGGCAGUACAUUCGAGGAGCACAACCGCAAUCUUCGUGAAGUCUUGAGACGAAUUCGUGAGCAUGACCUCUUGCUGAAGGUGGCCACGUCGUGA